AUGGCAGAGAUACCGCAGACGCAGACCGUGCUCAUCCUCCACGCGGCCAAGCAGCCGUACGAGACGAUAGAUGGGUACGAAGUGCCUGAGAUCCAAGAUGAGCGGGAGGUGCUGGUGAAGACGGAACACAUCGGCCUCAACCCGAUCGACUGGAAAGCGCCCGACUUCAACUUCGCGAUCCCAACCCUCCCUUACAUCUCGGGCCGCGAGCUCGUCGGCCGUGUGGUCCGCCGACAUCCGUCGUCGCGGAGCCGGCUCCGGGAAGGCGACCGCGUGCUCGUCAUCUCGACCGACUACCGCGACCUCCGUAAGGCGGCCUACCAGCAGUACGUCGUGACGGCGGAUUUUAACGCGUCGCGAAUCCCUCGCGGCAUUGACGGCGCCGUCGCGCCCCGCGCCGCCGCUACUCUGGGCGUCGCCUUCGUCGCCGCCGUCCUCUCGCUUGGCGUCUGCAUGGGCGUCGACUUUACCGGCGUGCUGGGCGGACCAGACCUGCUCCAACUACUGCGCGGCCCGGUCCCCGCCGAGGCCCUGCCGCAGGAUAUCCGCGCCGAGUGCCUGAGCGGGAUCCAGGACGGCGAGCGGGCCACGGCCGGCGACUGGGUCGUCGUUUGGGGCGGGUCAUCGACGUCAGCGAACCUGGCCGUGCAGCUCGCGCGGCUGGCCGGGCUGCGUGUCGUCACCGUCGUAGACAAGCUGCGGCACGGCCUGCGGCUGGCAAACCACACGGUCCUGCGGCCCGACCUGCUGGUCGAUAGUCACGACCCGUCGCGCGCGGUCGAUAUUAUCCGGGCCAACGUCGGGAAAGACCUGCGUUUCGCCCUUGACACCAGUGGCAAGGAGUCGGCCGGCUGGCUCUUGCGCGCACUGGCGCCAGAGAAGGGCGCCAGCAGCGCGCCGCCCAGUCCGCCUGACACCCCUCGCAACAGUGGCCCCACGCGGAAGCACCUCAUCGGCCUGACGGGCCUGCCGAAGGAACAGGCGCCUGAAGCGGUCGCGUAUCACACCGUUCCCAUCAAGGUCUUCCACGAGGUGCCCGCCGUCGGUGAGGCGCUGGUCACCUGGCUCGAGAGGCUGCUGGAGAACGGACUCAUCAGCGCCCCCGAGCUUCUCGGUGUGGAGGAGGGCUUCAACGGCAUCAACCGCGGCCUCGACAGAAUGCGGAGGGGCGAGAUUCGCGGCGGGAGGAUGGUCGUGAGCCUCGAGCCCGAAGGAACGGAACAGGUCGUAACCAGAGACCCGAAUGUGCCCCCCGCGCGAGUCGACACGCCCGAGGAGGGAGGCGUGGAGAAGCCCCAGCGGUCUGGGUCAUCGGCGGCAUCGAGUCCCGAGUUUACGUCCCAAAAGCUCGCCGACGCAGGCGUCAGGAGGGGAAGCGCGACGUUGUGGCAGGGCGGACCCACCGUCAGCUCGGUCCCCCGGAGCGUGCCGGACGAGCAGCUCUCAACGGAGGAGCCAGCGCUGCAGACAAUGCAGAGGAGGGGCUCGUUGUGGCAACCCAAGUCAGCGGCGAUCGAUGCGGAGAAGCCCCUUUCAUGA